CCGGUUUCUUUUUCCCUUGUUCUUCACCUUGAACCAUUCUUUUCCUUAGCAAUUUCUAUUUCUCCUGAAAAACGCUCAUACGGCCAUGCCCUUGCGGAUUACUUCUGCCCCUGUUGCUGGAAUCAAGAAAAAUCGAAAAUCCAACCAUGUCAGGCCGCAACCCUCUCCCUUCUCCGCACAUCCUCGUCGCAAAGCCGCGGCUUCGUCGGCAACCGCUCUUAGGUCCAGCUGGAAAGAUGUCCAUGAUCAGGACCAGCUACCCGACCUGGGGCUGUCGCGAUACAUUUCAGAGACUGCCUCCUUGACCAACGUGGUGCAGGCAAUUCGAUACAUUCGAACAACCAUGUUCGAGAAUCUCCCCCAGCGAGCGGGGAUGAAUAGCACACGAAUUGCCGAAGUGUUGAAUCUCCGUCGGUCGCUGCCCCCGCUUGCCUCCGUGGCCCAUAUACAUACAGUACUCGAUGCCCCAACGCAGGUUGAAAAAGAAAUCAUGGAGAUGGUGACAUCGGGCCGCGUGCGACGUUUGCUUGUGCCAGGAAGAGGUAGUGAUGCCGCGGGCCUGGGCGAUUGCCUUGUACUCGCUGAAGAGUGGGAUCAGCUGGUGCAGGACAACGGUAUUCUGGAAGCAUCGGUAAAACAUAAAUUCCAACAGAUCUUACAACGUACCGCCAAUAUUUCUGCCAUCUCUGGCAGCGCCUUCACCGUACCGGAGUAUAUGGCCUUGAUUCGCGCCGGGUUCCUUGUUUCCUCUUCGUCGUUAGCACAUGGUUCAUCGAGCAUCGCAUCACUUCCCGCGCUGCCAAACAAUACAGCCGUGGCUACCCCUGCGAGUCGAAAGAGCCCGCAUGAUGCGCGGAACCACAUUCCCGCAGCCGACCAUAGCAACUCGUUUUACACCUCGACCCUCUUUCUUUCCUUGCCCAAUACCGGGCCUUAUCUUCGUUUACUCGAUGCCAGUCGGUCCCAUCUUCUUUCGCUCUUGGACCGGUCGGGUGCAGGAGAGGUUCCGUUGCACCUUCUCCGGGAGCGAUGGGACGGAGCUGUUGAGAAUGACCAAAGUUUCAACGUAGCUAAGAGGAUUAGAGGCGAGAUUUCGGGCGUUUUGCCUGGCCGCACAAAGAAAUGGAAACAAUUGUACGGGAUGAGCUUCCGGUGGGCGCUCGAAGAAGCCCUUGGAGCUGGGCUGGUUGAACUCUUUGAGACGGGCAGUGUUGGUCCGGGAGUGCGCAGGCUGUGAUGGGAGUCUGAUGAUAUAUGUAUACCUGAUACCCUUAGAUGCUUGUAUAGUCUGCGUCGACUUGAGCAGUUAAUCUGUCCGAGAUGCCUAGAGUAACAUGACGU